GUCACACUUACGGAAGUGUAGGUUCGUGGUGGUGUGCGAGAUGAUGCGGAUGUACCCCCUACUCUUCGGGGCAGGAGCAGCUCGCAAAUGCCACGCGUUCAGCACCGCUGGGUUCGUGUCUUCUCACCCACCACCACCACAACCACCACCGCCAACCUUGAGUUCCCAAAUCGGGUUCUCCUUCACUCCAGGCGGCCUGCUCUUUCCUUACCACCUCGGGGUGGCGAAAUGCCUGGAGAUGGAGGGGUUCCUUUCCAACGACACCCCACUAGCUGGGUCUUCGGCAGGGGCGCUGGCGGCAGUUGUAGUAGGAUGUGGCUUGAGCAUCGACACGGCCGCCGAGCUGUCAGGGCGAGUCUUCGAUGACUGCAGCGACGGCGGCGCAGCUUUCAGAUUAAGGAACAUCGUACAGAAAGGUCUGGAUGGUGCGCUACCGGAGGACGCGCACGAGAUCCUUAACAACAGGGAGGGCGCAGUUACCGUGGGCAUUACCCAGCUUGGGUUCCCGUCACUGAAAAAAAGCGUGUUCGUCAGCAACUUCGAAUCGAGGGCCGACCUCAUCGAAGUCCUGCUAGGUUCUUGCCAUGUGCCGUUUUGGUUCAGCGGGCAACCGUACAUGCAGGUAAGGGGUCAACCCACGGUAGACGGUUUCUUCGCGAUGCCGAGGGCACAGUUCGGUGCUCCGGACAUCCCCACCGCGGACGAAGUUGUACGCAUCACCGUGUUUCCAACCACGUCGGUCCCGAUGCAGUCAGACAAGCCCGGUGACUUGAUCUCGCCGGAUCUGCUUGACAGGUACCAGAGCGGACGUUUCAUGGAGCUUCUGAAUUACGCGCUAAACCCCGGCAACGAUUUUGUCCAAGAAGAGCUUUUCAACGCUGGCUUCGAAUCCGGAGGCGUGUGGUGUGACAAGUAUGGCGAGGACUACAGGAGGCGGCACGAGGAAAAGUAUUCGCCCGAGAUGCUGGCGCCAUCUACGGCCGGGUUGUAGUGCGCCGGGGUUGCGUUUCAUGCAUACCUCAUGAUUGAAGCGGGCAUACUGUCCGUUUGAGCCCCCCGGCAACACGCAAUGUGCAGGACUCAGUGGGCGCGCGAUGUGUAGAAACGCAGAUUGUGCCGAGGAUGUCACUGGUGUCGUGCCCGUUUGGCCUGACUACUCUCGAUGUUUAGCUCCAUGACUUUCCUCGAGUGUUUUGGUAGUGACUUGUCGCAAGAAUGCUAUGGUGCGUGCAUACUGGUACGGAGUGUAGGCUACGCCAGAAAAUCGUUUCUGUAUGUUUAUCUUGGCCCGGUAAUAUAGAGUUUCAUCCCUAAUUAGAUAUGAGGAAUGCAGGAGGUAGAGUAUUUGAGUUUUAUGUGUUCCGUUUUGAUGUUGCCGUAAUAGAGUCAAGGUAAAACAAGACUAAAAAAAAUUAUCACACUCUGUUCCCGUUUGCCAUUUUGUGACAGAAAAAACGGGUAGGUGUGUUGGGGUGUUGCGGCGUUGUGAAUUGGCGGGAUGACCCAACGCUGUGAGGGAUUUUGGUGUGGUUUGUGUAGUCUAUGCCACACGAUACGUGGGUUCGUUCCAUGCUCCCGUCGUUGGGGUGUUGGUUGCCUAUUUUGAUUCAAUCAGUUUAAGAAAAUGAGGUCAACUCGCGAAAGGGGUACUACUGUACGUGGGUAACUGCUGUCCUUUGCUGUGUAGCGAGCAUGAGGGGGAUAUUGAUGCGACUACGAUAUUGCGGUUGGAUAACGGCGAGUGGUGACUUUUUGUUGUGGUUGGGUUCGGUACACAUGUAUCCUUACCGUGGAUAAGUUGGUACUGAAGAUAUCGGUGAACAUUGGGGUUAUGCGGGAUUUGUCCUUCUGUACCGCCUCUCGCGGAGAUUACAACGCUUUUGGUUGGAGAAACAAGAGACGUGUGAGAGCCCACGUAUGUAUGCCCCCUGAGCGAAUGAGGUGUUGACGGCUCAGAGGUACUGAGGCGCCCUUGAUAUAGGGGCUGAUGCUCGCCGUGGAGAGAAUACAAUGUGAAGCCGGGGGGGAUACGUACAUGCCGAUGUCCUUUUACGCCAACGUUGUACAUGCCACAUAAAUUAGUGGUAGGGUUUUGGUUGAUUGUCAUGAGCUCAAAUGCUUCUUUUUGUUAAUUGCGCCCCGCCAGCAAGGAGGGCUGCUCGAAGGUUGUUGAGGACAACGCCGCUUGCUGUGUGAAUGUUCGAAAGGUUUGUAGUGCGGGCGUACCAAGCGUGCCAACCUGGGGCCUUGGGCGCAGCUUGCAUGCAGUGGCAGAGGAAAGCAGUAGAAAAUAUGUAGCGGUUACACUUUGUUCUUUGGC